AGGAGUUUGCACUGAGUGGACUUGCACGACCUGCAUUGUUUUAGAGUCCUGCGCGUUGGAUUAUGCUCUUCAUCCUGAUCUGUGGUUCUCACCGCAUCCAUUGAGCUUGCAGGUUUAAUACCGAUUUAGUUGUGUUUUUUCUGAUGGUCACUGCAUUCUUUAUUGAAUGCAAACAUCGUCAUGUUUAUCAGAACAACUUUUCUCCUCUGCUUUGUGGUUUCACUCUCAAAACCUGUGCGUUGCAUGGAAACCGAACGUUGCUUCCCUAUUAGAUUGGAUAACCACAAACAUGACAGGACGGAUUUUGACAACGACGUGGAAAUCCAAAAUGGAAAAUGUGUUUUAAAAAUACGAGCUUUCCAGCAGGAAUUUGUGAUCGAUUUACACCAGGACUCGAAUUUUAUUGCGCCUUCCAUUUCUAACCAAGACGCAUUCUGGCUCUCCAACACCGAUGUCACCACUGACCUCAGCCGGUGCUUUUACUCCGGAUACGUGCACGCUGACCCGCAUUCCUACGCUGCGUUGAGCCUCUGUAAGGGUUUAACGGGUGCAUUCGGCUUCCGAGGCUGGGAAUACUUCAUCAGCCCGGUGCUAAAUGACACCACAAGCGCAGAAGGUGCGCACAUCAUCCGGCGCAGAACCAGCAACAACCUGAAGCUCAAUUCAACCUCUAGGUGCGCAGUGGACAGUGACAUAAGUCUCCAGGUUGCGCAAUCAUUGGAGAAAUACAGGCAACUAAAAGAUUACAACAAUGUGACCGAAACAAUGCUGAAGAAGAUGGGGAGAACCAAAAGGUUCGCUUCCAUCCCCAGGUACGUGGAGGCGCUCGUGGUGGCGGACGAGUCCAUGGCGGAUUUCCACGGAGAGGACUUGAAACACUACCUCUUGACACUGAUGUCAGUGGCAGCGCGGCUCUACAGACACCCCAGUAUCCUCAACUCCAUCAGCAUCGUGGUUGUGAAGAUCGUGAUUAUAACCGAGGAGGACAAAGGACCAAAGGUGUCCGGGAACGCAGCCAUGACGCUGCGAAACUUUUGCACUUGGCAAAAAAAGAUGAACAAAAACACGGACAAGCAGCCAGACUACUGGGACACGGCAAUCCUUUUCACCAGAGAGGACCUGUGUGGAGCUUCCACCUGUGACACUCUUGGCAUGGCAGAUGUUGGCACCAUGUGCGACCCCAAGAGGAGCUGUUCUGUGAUCGAAGACGACGGCCUUCCCUCAGCCUUCACCACUGCUCAUGAACUCGGACACGUGUUCAACAUGCCACACGACAACGUGAGGGCCUGUGAGGACGUGUUUGGGAAACUACAGGACAACCACAUGAUGUCUCCUACUCUCAUUCAGAUCAACCGCACCAGCCCAUGGUCCCCCUGCAGCGCUGCCAUCAUCACUGAAUUUCUCGACAGCGGGCACGGGGAAUGUUUGCUCGACCAGCCUCAGAGACCGCUGGUCCUCCCUGACGUGAUGCCGGGAACGUCCUACGUCCUGGACCGUCAGUGCGAGCUCGCGUUCGGAGAAGGCUCCAAGCCCUGUCCCUUUAUGCAGCCUCCAUGUGGCCGCCUGUGGUGCACUGGAAAAUCCAACGGCCAUUUGGUGUGCAUGACUCGUCACUUCCCCUGGGCGGACGGCACACCCUGUGGGGACAAUCAGGUCUGCGACCAAGGGGUCUGUUCAAGCAAACAGGUUCGAAAUGUGAAGGUGGACGGUCGUUGGGGGAAGUGGGGACCGUUUGGUUCCUGCUCACGCACGUGUGGAAGCGGCGUCCAACUCUCUAAAAGAGAGUGUAACAACCCAGUUCCGUCAAAUGGGGGUAAAUACUGCCAAGGGGUUAGGGUCAAAUACCGCUCCUGCAACCUGAACCACUGCCCUGACACAGGUAAGACUUAUCGCGAGGAGCAGUGUGCAACCAGUGGCCGCAACUUUAAUAGCAACCGCAUCGACCCCUCCGUGGUAUGGGUACCCAAGUACUCUGGAGUGUCCACUGACGACAGGUGUAAACUCAUCUGCAGAGCGAACGGCACUGGCUACUUUUAUGUCCUGGCACCAAAGGUUGUGGAUGGAACUCCAUGCUCCCCAGACUCCACAGGAGUGUGUGUCCAAGGGAAGUGCAUUAAGGCCGGCUGUGAUGGAAAAAUUGGCUCCAGCAAGAAGUUUGAUAAGUGUGGAAUCUGCGGAGGUGAUAGCAAGGGCUGCAAAAAGGUGUCGGGACUCUUUACAAAGCCUGAGCACGGCUACAACUUUGUGGUCAUGUUACCAGUGGGCGCAGCCAACAUAGACAUCCGUCAGAGAGGCUACAAGGGAAUGAGGGGUGAUGACAACUAUUUGGCGGUUAAAAACAGCAAGGGCCACUACCUGCUCAAUGGGAACUACGUGGUGUCAGCUGGAGAGAGGGACAUCAUCAUAAAGGAAAGCCUGCUGCGCUACAGCGGCACAGCCGGCCUCGCCGAGACCCUGCAGGCUGUGAAGCCCUUGGGAGAAUCCCUGACUGUGGAGGUGCUGUGUGCGGGCCAGAUGACGCCGCCUCGCAUCCGCUACUCCUUCUACCUCGCCCGUCAGACUAAGGAGGACAAGACUCUGAAGAAGGAGGGCCGUGUGAACUCCCAUAACAGUGUCCUGGCUGAGGAUACUGUCAAAGAGCAUGGGGGAGACACCCUGAAGAAGUCUUAUAACAUGGAGGAUCCUGCUCUUGGGAAAUGGAUAUCCGCAGGUUGGGAUCAGUGCUCAGUGACCUGCGGCAGUGGGAUCCAGAGGAGGAUGGUGCAGUGUCUGAGACAUGACGGGAAGCCGGGGUUGGACUGUGAUCCUUCACAAAGACCCUCGGCCACUAGGGUCUGUGGAGACCCCUGUCCAGAGUGGCAUAUUGGGCAGUGGUCACCUUGCUCCAGAACCUGUGGAAAGGGCUUCAAGAGACGACCUUUGCACUGCAAAACUCAAACUGGGUAUCUGCUCCCAAGGGACCACUGCACUGGCUUACGCAAGCCACAGGAGCUGGACUUCUGUAAACUAAUGCCUUGCUAAUGACUGAAACCUAUGAACUACAAAUCUUUGUUAUGUUUUAAAAAGGAAAGAAUCAAAUCCACCUGCAAGUAUCACACACUCCGUGUCUGUCGGACUGCGUCAUGGGACAACAAGAAUAUUGGAAGGAGAGUGAAAGCCGCUGGAUCAAUGCUGGAAGAUAAUUUUCACUGCCAUCACUCUGACUUUAAACUCUGAUGGCAAAAUACUACGAUAGAAAGGUCAAACAAGAUGUAGUGGAAUCAUUUGUACUGUCAGCAGAUACAAAAUUUCCAUUUGCAAGCAAACAAUCUAGUGUACCUUAUGAGUCUGAAAUCCAUUUCAUGUCAUAAUGUUUUAACUGUUCAGGUUUCAAAGUUCUCGCUGAGUCUUGCAAGUAGAUCAGUGAAGCCUUCUGGUUUCCAAACUAUUACUCCAAUAAACCAGGAUUGACAUCCAUAACUUCUGACAACCUGGACUAACAUGUAUUGCUCACAAUACAUGGUGCCCAAUAUAGGUGUUUUUUCAGGGAGUCUUUCAAAAUCUUGGAAUUAAUUGAGAAAUGAAACAUCUCACAUCAUUUGCAUUGUUGUGCUUUCUGUUAUGCUCAUACUGCAUUUUUACAAGGCAAAUACAAUCUGUUGGUUAGCAGCUAUAGCAGAUAAAGGUUGAUACAAGAUUGGAUAGAUAUCUUUAGUAACAACCACUGUAUUUUUUUAUUUUUACUCCUGAUACAAACAAUAACGAUACAGCCAGCAUUGCUCCUCCAAAACUAGGUUUUCUUCAGACCUCACACUCAGUAGCAGUCAUGGAAACAGUUUAAACUAGAAUCUGAAGUCACAUUGGUGGUUUUUCAUGACAGAUCUGACUGAACAAAGCAGGGCAGGAGACAAUGGCCAGUGGUCCCUGUCAGCUGGUUUGCCCGCCAGCUCAGCGAUUUCAUCAGGCUGCACCAACCAUAACACUGCUCAUCUGAAAUAAUGGCUAUAAUGAAGCCCUCAUCUUAUCUCAAUAAUAGGCACACAUGCUGCAUUUAAUUUCCGCCUCCUUUUGUUCAGCGUGUCUGAUUGCUUCCUUCAUUUCCUUUAUCAUUCGACCACAACAAUUGUCUUCUCAGUUCAUACUGUUCAGCCAUGUCGAGUCAAGCCUGUCCGGCACAGUUACCACUGUAAUUUAUUAUCAAUGAAAAGAUAGAGCGGAGAGGGGAAGAAAAACUGUCAAUCCCUCUGUUAUGCUGUGCAGAAUUUGUGUUUUCCUGGAUCGCCUGGUCGUGGCCCCAAAGCCAGGGCCAAGCUGUUCUUUCUACAAACUUGCUGAAAUCCUGUAAUCCAUUAUAUUCAUGUUUUGUUUCUUGACGCGGCCACAUCGUUCAGUCCAACAUUCAAUUCAUGAUGGAUCCUGCGUUAGUUGGAUUGUCAUUUUUAUUUUGUAUCUGCUUUUGCACUUUGUACAGCAAAAGAAACCUAUGACCUACAUGGGCUGUAUUGUAUACUAUGUAUAUAUUUAUUCAGCUCUGUGCAAAAAAAAUAUGUAAAUACUUUUAAGAUACUUUUUUACACAGGCAUUUGUAAUUGUCUUUGACUCAGUGUAUUUAUUCCAAAAU